AUGGGGGGCCAUAAAUCACGCACCAACGUGGAGACUUUCGACGACCCCAAAGACAAUGAGAUGGAAUGGGAAAUGACACAUAGACCUAAUCCCACAUCUCAAGCUGUCGAUCAGCUGCGUCUGGAGCUACGAACUGAAUUGGAUCGAGGCCUCGAUUCAGUCAUCAACAGAAUCGAUGCCGGACACCAAAAGUUCUUGCAGACCACGACAGAUUAUAUAGAGCAAACCAUCCGAAGAACAAUCGAGGGAUAUAUGGUUAAUAGCCAAGAUGACCUCCAGUCACUUCCUUCACAUCGCACAUCUCCUGAGCCCUCAAAUUCUCAGCUGUUGCUGGAGUCGGCGGAGGCAGACUACAAGACGCAAAUUGAAGACCUCACAGCAACGCUAGAGAAAACAAAGGCAGAGUUAAAGAAAAUCAAAUCUCAAUUGAAGGCAUCGGAGUCAAGAGCGGACCAACUACGAAGCAUCAUUGUACCUCGUAACGAGGAGCCCAUACUGGAUAGCGAGAUACAAAGAAUAUUCUCUGAAGUUCGGGCAUUAACCCAAUGGGUCGCUGAAAGGCUUUUUUCUAACACGGGCAAAUAUGGACAGCCCACAACACCUGAUAGUACCGCCUUCUUCGAAGAUAUUCAUGGCAUUCGUCCAGAACGUCGUCAGGAUGCCGUUCAUGCGCAUCUAUCUACACUGAUUAGACGACUGUUCUUCCCCACCAGCGUCAGUGAGUUCGACAUCGGUGGAAAGUAUGCGGAACUUCAGGAAUUAGUCGCAGUAACUGAGCGAAAAAUGAGGGGUGCCAUUACAGCAAAUCACCCUCAAGGUACAGAAUCCCUCUGGAGAGCCAAAACCUUCCUUGACCACUAA